CGAGCCAAUACGGUCCUCAAGGCGCAUCCUUCAGCCUCCAUCACUCCUGCCUCCCGCCAGGUCGCGGCACCGCCAGCCAGAGGACGAUGCUGACAGGACGAAUUGUGACGUCAUGAUCUCACGUCCAUGGACUCGUCCCCCAACACCGUAGAGCUCCAAGAGCUGCGCAGCACCAGCGGUGGCUUCCGAAACGCUUCGUACCAGCCGGACGAGGAGGCGCUGCAGCAGCACGGGGCGACCAGCUGUCCUCCCUCCACCGCAGGAAGCUGCAAGGAGCUCUCGCCUCGCUCGUGCGACGAGGAUGGCCUCCACAACGAGGGUCAGGACCUGACCGAGUUCUGUCGCCAUGACGACGGCGCCGGCGACUCUGGUUUUCUGGUGGCCCUGGUGCUGCUGCUGAGCGGCAUCGUCCUGGUGGUGAUCGCCUACACCGUGCCCAGGGAGGCCAAGGUGGACCCGGACUCGGUGUCGGCCCGUCAGAUGGAGCAGCUGGAGAUGUACUACGCCCAGCUGGGCUCCCACCUGGACAAGUGCAUCAUCGCCGGCUUGGGCCUGCUCACGCUGGGCGGGAUGUUCCUCUCCGUGCUCCUCAUGGUGUCCGUUUGCCGGGGACAAAUGUACCACCACCGCCGUGCCGUAUUCGUGCGGCCUAAAAGGACAUAUGGCUCCAUCAACCUGAGGAUGAAGCAGCUGGCGACAGGGGAGGAUGCGGAGGCGUCGGCUACAGGGGAACCAGGAGAUGUCGCCUUGCCACACGGUGAUUGAGACCACCGCUCAAUGGAGGGCAGCAUCAAAGCACAAAUGCUGCGGAUGCUAAUCAGCUAAAAGCACAAUUUAAGAUCUGCUUCGCUCAUUGGCCGAGAGUGAACCGUCCAAUCACAGUGUGACAUCACUUCCUGUGCAGGUAAUGACCUACACCAGCAAUGUAGAGAGAUUUCAACAAAAAAGGGAGCUAUUAGAGUGAAGGAAGUAACCAUUUUAUACGCGCAGCAUACUUUUAUUAUUUGAAUAUGUAAACAUUUGUGUCAUGUCCGAGUACAAGAAGCCUUAAACGAGUGAACACACUGUAACGUGUACUCAUUAACUAAAUGUUUGUGUGUAUAUAGAGCUGCGCGGACAAGAAUGUAACUACACACACUUUGUCGGUGGAUGUUAAAGUCAAAUAGUUGGCAGAGGAGCUGGAGUGCACAGAAUGUCCAAAAGCGACCAUUUCCUGUAUCGAUGUAUCCCCAUACCAUACUUGCCAACCUUGAGACCUCCGAAUUCGGGAGGCGGGGUUAUGGGGGAGGAGUAUAUUUAUAGCUAGAAUUCAAUGAAAUUAAAGUAUUUCUUAUAUAUAUAUAUAUAUAUGUAUAUAUGUAUAUAUAUAUAUAUAUAUAUAUAUAUAUAUAUAUAUAUAUAUAUAUAUAUAUAUAUAUAUAUAUAUAUAUAUAUAUAUAGUACAGUAAACAGUAAUGAAAACACAGUUGUUCUACUAACUGUACUGUACUUGCUGCUUACUUUAAAAAAAAAAAAACACUUACCUUUCACUAUUUGAGUAGCUUUUGUUCUGCCAUUUGAGUACUGGCGAGCGAUCUCUGAAUCCGGGAACAUAUCCUUCACGGAUUUGUUGAAAACAUCCGCAAAUGAGAACGGGAUAUUGCUUGCAACGUGGCCCAUAAUACUGCGUUGCCGCAGACUUGUGCUUCUCUGACCGUUCAUGAGUGACUAUAUCCAUUCGGCCACCGUGUUAUGGGUUAUAGAUAAACUUAUGGAUAACGGAGACAUAUAUAAUAGUCUCCUUUUCAGGUGAGAGGACGCUAAAUGCAGUGCCUUUCAGGCACGCCCCCAAUAUUGUUUGUCCGGCUAGAAAUUGCCGUAGUUUUGAAGCAAUGCAUGAUGGGAAUCCGGAUGUUGUGUGGCAGUGUAUUAACGUGCCGGCUGGAAUAAACACCCGCUGAGAAA